AGCAGGUAAGACCCACCCAGUAAACCUAGUCGGACAAAAUGUUGGUGUUUCUGGUUCUGUUGAUGGUGCCCUUGGCAUCUGCUCAUCAUCAUGGUGAGCACUUUGAAGGCGAGAAGGUGUUCCGUGUCAGUGUUGGAGAUGAGAAUGACGUCAAAUUAAUCCAUGAGUUGGCCAGCACCAACCAAAUCGACUUCUGGAAACCAGAUUCUGUCACCCAAAUCAAACCUCACAGUUCAGUUGACUUCCGUGUUAAAGCAGAAGAUACUGUCACUGUCGAGGACUUUCUGGACCAGAAUGAACUACAACAUGAGGUAUUGAUACACAACCUGAGAAACGUGUUGGAGGCCCAGUUUGAUAGCCAGGUCCGUGCGACCGGACACAGCUAUGAGAAGUACAACAAGUGGGAAACGAUAGAGGCUUGGAUUGAACAAGUCACUGCUGAUAAUCCAGAGCUCAUCUCUCGUCAAACCAUCGGCACCACAUUUGAAGGACGGACUAUGCAUCUCCUCAAGGUUGGCAAAGCUGGAUCAGAUAAGCCUGCUAUCUUCAUGGACUGUGGUUUCCAUGCCAGAGAGUGGAUUUCUCCUGCAUUUUGUCAGUGGUUCGUGAGAGAGGCUGUUCGCACCUAUGGACAGGAGAUCCACAUGACAGAGCUUCUCGACAAGUUAGACUUCUAUGUCCUGCCUGUGGUCAACAUUGAUGGCUAUGUCUACACCUGGACCAAGAACCGAAUGUGGAGAAAGACUCGCUCCACCCAGUCUGGAACGUCCUGUGUUGGCACAGACCCCAACAGAAAUUUUGACGCUGGUUGGUGUGAAAUUGGAGCGUCUCGAAGCCCCUGUGAUGAAACUUACUGCGGGUCUGCAGCCGAGUCUGAAAAAGAGACCAAAGCCCUGGCUGAUUUCAUCCGCAGCAACCUCUCCUCCAUCAAGGCAUACCUGACGAUCCACUCGUACUCCCAGAUGAUGCUCUACCCCUACUCCUAUGAUUACAAACUCCCUGCGAACAACGUUGAGUUGAAUGCCCUGGCUAAAGCUACUGUGAAAGAACUGGCCUCACUGCACGGGACCAAGUACACAUAUGGUCCAGGAGCCACAACGAUCUAUCCUGCUGCUGGAGGCUCUGACGACUGGGCUUAUGACCAAGGGAUCAAGUAUUCCUUCACCUUUGAACUCCGGGAUAAGGGCCGGUAUGGCUUUGCCCUCCCCGAGUCCCAGAUCCGGGCGACCUGUGAGGAGACGCUGUUGGCCAUCAAGCACAUCGCCAGCUACGUCCUGGAACACCUGUACUAGUGGAGGACACAGGGAGCCUUAUUUCAAAAUGCUCCGUUUUUUGCUUUGUUUUGUUUCUUUUCUGUUCUGAAUUCUUAUUCGUGUUUGCCUGGAUGUUUCACAGAUCCUAAUCUUUCUUUUAAGCUUAUGAGUCUAUGAUACUACUUGGAUCUUUUACUAUAUCCUAAUAAAAGUAAAUCGUUCUCAUUGGAAAA